CCCAGCAGCAGCAGCCAGUCCCGCGUCCUACACACCUGAAACCCACGGGCACCAUGAGCGGCCGAGUCGGGGACCUGAGCCCCCAGCAGCAGCAGGCGCUGGCCAGGCUCCGGGAGAACCUCCAGGACCUGUUGCCCACCCUGCCCAAGGCUGACGACUACUUCCUCCUGCGCUGGCUCCGAGCUCGCAACUUUGACCUGCAGAAAUCGGAGGACAUGCUUCGGAAGCACAUGGAGUUCCGGAAGCAGUAUGACCUGGAGAGCAUCCUCACAUGGCAGCCCUCGGAGGUGGUCCAGCUGUACGUCUCGGGCGGUCUGUGUGGCUACGACUACGAAGGCUGCCCGGUGUGGUUCGACAUCAUCGGGACCCUCGACCCCAAGGGUCUCCUCCUGUCAGCCUCCAAGCAGGAGUUGCUGCAGACGCGCAUCAAGGCCUGCGAACUGCUCUUGCGAGAGUGUGAGCUCCAGAGUCAGAGACUGGGCAGGAAGAUCGAGACGGUGCUGAUGGUGUUUGACAUGGAGGGGCUGAGCCUGAAGCACCUGUGGAAGCCCGCGGUGGAGGUCUACCAGCAGUUUUUUGCCAUACUGGAAGCAAAUUAUCCUGAGACACUGAAGAAUUUAAUUUUUGUUCGAGUCCCCAGGCUGUUUCCCGUGGCCUUCAACUUGGUCAAGUCCUUCAUGAGCGAGGAGACACGCAGGAAGAUUGUGAUUCUGGGACACGACUGGAAACAAGAGCUGACAAAGUUCAUCAGCCCUGACCAGCUACCUGGAGAGUUUGGGGGGACCAUGACCGACCCUGACGGCAACCCCAAAUGCCUGACCAAGAUCAACUACGGGGGCGAGGUGCCCAAGAGCUACUACCUGCGCCACCAGCUGAGGGUGCAGUACGAGCACACGGUGCCCGUGGGCCGCGGCUCCUCCCUGCAGGUGGACCACGAGAUCCUGUUCCCGGGCUGUGUGCUCAGGUGGCAGUUCGCAUCCGAGGGCGGGGACAUCGGCUUUGGGGUGUUCCUGAAGACCAGGCUGGGGGAGCGGCAGCGGGCAGGGGAGAUGACGGAGGUGCUGCCCAGCCAGCGCUACAACGCCCACCUGGUGCCCGAGGACGGGAGCCUCACCUGCCUCAAGGCCGGAGUCUAUGUCCUGCGCUUCGACAACACCUACAGCCUGAUGCACUCCAAGAAGGUCAGCUACACCACAGAGGUGCUGCUCCCCGACAAGGCCUCCGAGGAGAAGCUGCAGAGUCUCAAGAGGACGAGCCCCUCCCCGACACAGUGAAGACCUGGCCGCCUCCCUCUGUGCUCUCCAAAGUCUUCGCGCUCCUGCCCCACCCCUGCUGUCCCACGCAGGGUAGUGCUGAAGGUGACCUGGCCCAGUGGCCAAACAGGAACAGGGACAAGUGACCCAUAUGACUCUGAAGAUUCAGAUGAGCACCUGGUCACCUGUUCCCAGAGACUGAGAACGAGAACCCCGAGGAUGAGCCAGUGUCCAUGGAGGAAGGGGCCUGCCUGCAGAAGCUGUCCCGUGUCCCUCCUGACCAGGUCCACUUGUCCCAGGGCUCACUCACACCUGCGUCCCACCUUGGGCCCUGUUCUCUGCAUGCUGGGGACCUGCAGGGAAGGACAGGGCAGCUGGAGGCAGAUAGGGCAGGGGCGAGGGUCCCGGUUCCAGCAGAGCAUUGAGAUGCGAGGUGCUCCGAGCUUUGGCGGGAAAACCAGUGCUGGAGAGGUGGGACCCCGCAGGAGUAACCACUGGGUAAAGCCACACCAGGCCUUACAGAGUCAUCUCCUCUCCCCUCCACACCUGCUGGGAUCUGCCAACUUCUCCCCUUGGUUCCCUGAGAGCUGGGACCGAGGCAGAGCUGGAGAGAGGGAGCGUGCUGGCAUGUGCAGGGUGGAGCAAGGCUCUGACUUGCUCCCUGGAGAACCGCCGGACCUCCCUUCCAUCUUUGUGUCUUGCCAAGGACGCAGCAGCAGAUCGGCUGCCGAUAUCCUCCACGCGACCCAGCAGCUGGGCUUCUGCACGUGGUUUCUCAAGGGCUGCCCUCCUGGGCCCCCGCCCUCCCUCAGGAAGCUGCCCGCUCACUGGGUGGACCACAGCCAAGAGAAGAGACCUCACCUGGGAAUGAGUCGAAGAAGCUGUUGAGCUCGACCCCGAUGUGGCCCUGCUGUUGACUCUGGAGGAGAGGAGGCCAUCAGCCAGAGCCUGUGAGCCCAGGCUGUGCUGCUCUGCCCUGCCCCUCCCCAGGCUAUCCCUGCCCCCUGCCCUCUGGCUAGGCCAGGCCAGGCCAGGCCAGUGACCACCAGCAUCUCAGCCACCUGGGGUGACUUGCUCCUACUCUAUUUGUCCUUCUAUGCUGCCAUCCCACAGGGCAAAGGAGUGUCAACUGUCACCCAGGUGCAGUCCUGGGAGUGAGUCACCAGAUGUCCCUGUAAAAGCGGUCCUUGCUGCAAAGCGUUUGCAUCCUGGCCCUUCCCAGAGACCAAAAGCCCAGCAAACAUCCAGGUGCUUUGCAAGCAGGAGCCGGCCCCCCUUCUUGCUCUGACUCGGUGAUUUCAUUGCCUCCAGUUCUUGAUGGCUUGGGACCUAUUUUAGGAGAGAAAUUCGAGACUUGGGAAGGUGAGGGUCUCCAGGUAAGCUGUGUGGGGUCCUCGGGCCCCAGCCCCUGCGGCUGGAGCAGCUGCACCAUGCAUGGGGGACACACAAUCUGAACAGGAUCUUCCACUCUGAAAAGUAAACUAAACCAACAGCUUAAAGCCAA